UUAGAUCAAAAUCACAUUAUUCUUUUGCCCACAUUAAUAAUUAUUAUUUUUUUAUCUGGGAAAAAAAUUAAGUUUUUAGGGUCAAAAAUCUAAAAGGGGAGUUUCAAGUUUCAAUUUGUAGCUGAAAGUUUGAAGCUUCCAAUAAUGGCGGAAACACUAGACCCUUCAUUGGCUGUAACAGCUUUUCUUUUAAAGGAUGCUUCCAGUUGGUGGAAUGAUAUCAAUGAUUCUCAUCUUUAUCAAGAUCGAAUUUUUCAUAUCCUUGCAAUUUUAUAUGGAAUUGUUUCUGCUGUGGCCUUGGUACAAUUAAUAAGAAUACAAUCGAGAGUUCCAGAGUACGGAUGGACCACGCAGAAAGUCUUUCAUUUUCUGAAUUUCUUUGUUAAUGGAGUUAGAUGUCUAGUGUUCUUGUUCCGUCGGGAUGUUCAACUAUUGCAGCCGGAGAUUGUGCAACACAUCAUGCUUGAUUUGCCAAGUCUUGCAUUCUUCACUACCUAUGCACUUUUGGUCUUGUUCUGGGCAGAGAUAUACUAUCAGGCGCGUGCGGUAUCUACUGAUGGACUCAGACCUAGUUUUUUCACUAUUAAUGCUGUGGUGUAUGCCAUCCAGUUCACUUUGUGGUUGAUCUUGUGGUGGAAACCAACCCCUGCUCUGGUAAUUUUGUCUAAGAUGUUUUUUGCAGGGGUGUCGUUGUUUGCAGCUCUUGGCUUUCUUCUUUAUGGAGGAAGACUUUUCUUGAUGUUACAGCGCUUCCCAGUAGAAUCAAAAGGGAGACGUAAGAAGCUUCAGGAGGUUGGCUAUGUGACCACGAUAUGUUUCUCAUGCUUCCUUGUAAGAUGUAUCAUGAUGUGCUUCAAUGCUUUUGAUAAAGCCGCUAACCUUGACGUUCUAUAUCAUCCCGUUCUCAAUUUCAUUUACUAUGUGUUGGUAGAAAUAUUACCGUCUUCACUGGUCUUGUUUAUAUUGAGGAAGCUCCCUCCAAAGCGCGGCACCACUCCAUAUCAUCCAAUUCGAUGAAGGAAAAUCAAUUAUACAAAGUAAUCCUCGAGUAUUUGAAGGGAUCACCAAUCUUAUGCUUAAAUCGGAAGAGCAAAAUGGCAGAAGUUAACUGCCCACGAUGAGUCUGUCCUCUUGUAUGCUUGUAGAUUGUUAAGCGAAUCACCUGAUAUUAUAAUGUUCAUUCCUUUGCCUCUCUAUAUCAUAAUUUGUUUUCUCUGUCAAAAUUAUUUAUCCUUCUGACUCCUGCUGAAUCUGGAGUCGAAGAAAUUGCAUAUGAUUUAACAAAGAUGAAAACGGAGGAGAAAACAUAUAUUUGGUUUUCGUCCUCCACCUUUGGAAGUCUUCUGUACUUGAUUAUGUCGAAAGAGAUUGAUCAAUCUGUUUUGAAUGGAAAAUUUGGAUUUGGAUUUGA